AUGGAUGAAGUUGAGAUACCUCUGUAUUUCCUCUGUCCCAUAUCCCUUCAGAUCAUGAAAGAACCCGUCACCACGGUCACCGGCAUCACGUAUGAUCGGGAAAGCAUCGAGCGGUGGUUGUCAGCGGCGCAGCCCAGAACAACCUGCCCAGUAACCAAGCAGCCUUUACAUAUGGACUCAGACUUGACACCAAAUCAUAUGCUCCGCCGGCUGAUCCAAGCAUGGUGCAUUGCCAAUGGUAAUCACGGGAUUGACCAUAUCCCGACGCCAAAAUCUACUAUCAACAAAUCCGACCUUGUUAAACUCAUUCGGGAUCUUGAAAAUCCUGUCUUGUAUAUAAACUCUUUGAAGAAGAUGGAUGAACUAGCCAGUGAGAAUGAAAUGAACAGAAAGUGCAUGGCGGAGAUUGGUGCAGCCAAGGCGAUGGCUAAGUUCAUUUUACGCCGCUUCCGGGAAGGUAACACAGCAGGUCUUGAAGAAGCAUUGAGGAUUCUUCAUCUCACCUGGAAUCCAACUCCAGAAAACAAGCAGUUGUUCAAAGAAAAUUUUGAUUUCAUCCAAUCCAUAACAUGGAUUCUGAAGACUGAAUCAGAAAACAACCAAACACUCAAAACUCAAGCCGUUUUAGUCCUGAAAAUGGUAACAAAAAUUGCAAGUUCAAGCCUGUUCGAGAUACUAAAACUCGAUUUCUUCAAAGAACUCGUAAAUAUUCUGCGGAAGACGACAUCCCAACAGGCCAUAAAAUCUGUCCUACAGACCCUAAUAGAAAUCUGUCCACUGGGAAGAAACAGAAUGAAAAUAGUUGAAGCUGGUGCAGUUUUCCACCUUAUUGAGAUGGAAUUAUCAGGCCACAAGCAGGAGAAAAAGUCGAUGACCGAGCUUAUAUUCUUCCUGUUGGCACAAUUAUGUUCAUGUGCAGAUGGAAGGGCGCAACUGAUCAAACAUGCUGGUGGCAUAGCCAUGGUUUCUAAAAGAUUGCUGAGAGUUUCUGCUGCAACAGAUGAUAAAUCACUGCAUAUUCUUGCUUUGAUAUCUCGAUAUUCUGCGACUCGGGAAGUUUUAAUAGAGAUGUUAAGUGUUGGAGUAGUGUCCAAAAUAUGCAUGGUGAUUCAAGCAGACUGUGCAGAUCAUUUGCAGAAGAAAGCAAGAGAGAUUUUGAGGUUGCAUUCUAAUGUUUGGAGUAAUUCUCCAUGCAUACAAGUCUAUCUCAUGACUAGGUACCCUAGAUAA